AUUGUCGAGCUAGAGUUGGUUUGAAAUUAAAACAUUUUUUUUCCCAAUCUGAUAGUUCUGUGAAUCUUUUAAUAUAUUUGUUUUUUUUAUUUCUUCAUGGUGGGUUUGGAACAUGAUAAGGUUUUUGCCAUCUGACAACGUUCCUUAACCGAAAUUAAGGAGAGUUAUGACGACAUCCUUGAGAGCCACGUCAUGCGCCAUCUGCCAGCAAGAUCUCGAACCUGCUCAACGUUGGCGUUGCCAAGUUUGUCCUGACUAUGAAGUUUGCGGCCCUUGUUGCUCAAACGGCAUCAUCAACCAUCCACACACCCUCAUUAGCACUCAAUCACCCACUGGUCAAUUAAGAGCAGUGCUUCUACACGUGACGACAUGCUGCACCACACAGUGCCAGUAUCCAAGGUGUCGCACUGUCAAGCUUCUCCUCCGCCAUGGUGUUACAUGCAAAAAGAGAGUCUGCAAUCAUUGUAAGAGAAUGUGGGAUAUCUUCCGUAUGCACGCCAGAAACUGCAGGGAGCCCCAAUGCACAAUACCCAAAUGCAGUGAGUUUAGAGCUCGUUUUAGUAGAAGUCAACAACAGGCAGAUUCAAGACGCUGUGGUACGACAGAGAGACGCUGACGCAGCAACAGCCUCCACUCCUGACUCAUCAACAUAGACAGAGACAUGUUAUAUCUCUCUCUUCUAAGGGUUCGUGCCUCUGGUGCUAUUUUGAGCUCAUUCUUAGAAAGCAUUGUUAGCUCUUAGCUUGCUUUAGUUCACUCUUUUGAUCCCUUCGUUUUGUAUUUGUUAGCAUUUUUUUUUUCUGGCAAAGAUAUAAGCGAAUAAAUCCUCCUGAUUUUGGAUUAUACCUGCAGGUUUUCAAUGACAAAGCCUCCAUGUUUAUUUUUUCGA